GCGUGGCUUGCGCGGGCGCUGGGGGACGUUGCGUCAGCUCUCCCAUCUCCCCAGCUCAGACCGGGAGCCCCUAGUCUGGGCAACUUUUGUUUUUUAUUCAUUAACAAGCAUUUCGCAUUUUGCGGUUUGUGUAUGCUAAUUCACCCAAUUUUAUUUCGAUAGCCCCGGGAAAUGGACCCGUAAGUCCUGCUGUGGUUUCUGGUUUCCUGACACAGGAAGGGAGUGGCUUGAUUUCCUUUUAAACUUUAAAAGACUCGGUUGGGGAAAGCUAGCCCACCUUGCUCACUCAGGAGCACUUUGGACGCCCCUUUCAGAAGGCCUCCGAGCUUGAGCUCUGAUAGUGCCCGGUGGGUCACCUGUAACCCAUUCUGUGGGAGGAAAGGGGAGUGUCUCCACACCCACCCGUUAGCCGAAUCAGAAAUCCAGUGAGACCGGACGCGAAGCGUAGCCAUUAAUUAAUUACACAGAAGGGCUAGAAAUCGGAAUCGGGUCGUUGCGGUCAAAGAGACCUCGAAGACUUUGAUGUUAGGGAAUACAUUGUUCUAGUAGAAGGUUCUUGGUUCCGGCAGAAUUAAAACUCGACCUGAUUCUGAUCCUUUUAUUUGCAACCCCCAAAAUUCUAGCUUUUGGCGCCGGCUGAGGCUGCUGCUGAUUUUCCACAUACCAUUUUACGAAGCUCCUAAAAGUGAACCAGCCAGUUUCCUUAUAUGUGAAAUUGGAAUUAAAGAAACGUAAUGUUUCUGUCAAGUGCUUAAAGCUGUCCUAGUAAACGAAGUAAACAGUGCAGUGAUACAUGUAAGUUGGUGUGUAAGACCUGAAGCAGUUAGAGUAUCUAAAAUUUCAUCUUAAUGGAUGCAAACUAGUAAGAGUGGCUCAAUUGGAAAAUUGAAAUCUUUUUACCUAGAUCUCAAGGCUUUUGAGAGGAGACUUACAGAAUAUAUUCAUUGUUUGCAACCUGCCACUGGACGUUGGAGAAUGCUUCUUAUAGUGGUAUCUGUCUGCACAGCUACUGGUGCCUGGAACUGGUUAAUAGAUCCCGAGACACAAAAGGUGUCCUUCUUCACAUCUUUAUGGAAUCACCCAUUUUUCACUAUUAGCUGUAUUACUCUAAUAGGCUUGUUCUUUGCCGGAAUACACAAGAGGGUCGUUGCACCAUCAAUCAUAGCUGCUCGAUGUCGAACUGUAUUAGCAGAAUACAAUAUGUCUUGUGAUGAUACAGGAAAACUCAUUUUGAAACCUAGGCCUCAUGUUCAGUGACAAUCUGCACUCAUUGUUAUGGGACCUAAAACAGCCUUUCUUCAAAUGAGUGAUACAGCAAAAAGCCAUAAGGGAUUCCUUUUACAGUUGGAUAUGUGAAGAUCAUAGCAACAACUGACAAGAAGUGUGCAAUAUUUACCCAGAUGAUCUCGAUGAUGAUGACUCGCCUCCCCCGUGCUUGGUACCUUUGAUUAUCUGUGUUACAGUAUUAGUGUCACUUUAGUACUUCAGACCCUGCAGAGACUUCUGCAGAUGAAGUAUGUCUAUAUGUUACUAAGUUAAACUUAGAAACAGAACCUCAUCCAGUUUUUAUAAUGUAUUUUUGCAAACUACUGUAAAUAGCAAAUCAAUGCCAAUGUCAAAGAGGGAAGCCUUCCGUGGACUUUGUUCUCCUGCACCAGUAUCGUGGGAGCAUCCGUUGGCCGGCCCCAUGGCUCUUCACACCCAGCUAUCGCGCAUAGCUGUGCCUUUCAUUCUUACACCCCUCUGUUCUAAUCAUAAUGCAAGAAAAACAUCGGAUCGAGUGUAAAUUGAGAAAGACUCAUCUCCAUUAUGUUGUGAGAAAUUAUAGAUGUUCUUCUGAGAAAACAUUUUUGUUAAACCAGAUAGUGAACUUCAACCACUCUCAUGGUAACCGUUUCCAGUUUGUUGUUUUCCUUCAAUGCUAAAUAUACUUUAUAUUUUUUUUUAAUAAUUUUAAGAACACUCCAAAGGCUUCUGAAUAUACAAGUUUAGUUAUAAAUUAUGUACUGUCUGGGAAUUUGAUAGUCCUUGUUUUAGAUCAUUGGAUCUUAACGCCGCGGUUGGCGUGCUGUUACACUAGUGUUGCACGGGUGUAAUUGAUCAGCUGCUCCAUCACGGGGUGACUUGGGAGCGGCGCCCCAAACUAGAGUCUACAAUUCUCACUGUUCAGAGAGUGUUAAUGACAUACUGUGUAUGCAUUUUAGCCACCUGUACUAUAAUUGCCCUAAUCUUAAACUAUUGGGAUUGCUGUAAAUAUUUUAAAGAACUGGAGGUGCCUUUUACCUGUUUAUUAGAUGAUUUUGAAAAGGUUUAAAUUAUUUCAUGAGCAGUCUUUUAAAUUCCAUUUAACAUGAAGCUGAAAAUUCACUCACAGGACAAAAACUUUUUAACAAGGCUACCAUUUAACUUAACUGUCCAUCUUGGCUUUGACGUGUUUGAGAUUUUAUUCUUAAAACUGCAGCAAUAAGACCCUCUCUGCUCCUACGAAGUCAUCAGAGGGUACUCUUAUGUAUUCGGCACAGUUUGAUUGUCUGUAAAUUUUGUAGGUAAAUAUGUGCAUAAAAAUAAAUACUUUAUAUAU